AUGGAUAACUCAAUACAGCGACUACUCAAUGACAAGCUCUAUGACAAGAGGAAGCAAGGAGCUCUAGAGUUGGAGAAGAUCGUCCGCGAUGCCGUUAUCAAAGGAGACUCGGAAAGGAUUGGAAGGAUAGUCGAACAGCUGUGCCACGACUAUGCUUAUGCUGUACAUCAGCCUCACGCUCGAAAUGGAGGUCUGAUUGGAUUGGCAGCUGCCUCGAUCGCGCUAGGAUCAGAAGGAGUUGCACAGUAUCUGCGAGAGAUUGUACCGCCGGUCCUAGCAUGCUUCACCGAUCAAGAUGCACGAGUGCGCUAUUAUGCCUGCGAAAGCAUGUACAACAUCGCCAAGGUGGCCAAGGGUGAAGUUCUUGUCUACUUCAAUGAGAUUUUCGAUGCUCUUUCCAAACUUGCCUCGGACUCAGAACUUUCGGUAAAAAACGGUGCGGAGCUCUUGGAUCGACUGGUGAAAGACAUUGUGGCUGAAUCGGCGGCCUCGUACGUCUCAGUGCUACAGCUGUCAGAGAAAACAGCAGCCGAUUCAGAAGAUGCAAACGACGAUGAUCUCCCGACCGCGUUCUCGCUGGCUAAAUUCAUCCCGCUACUGAAGGAACGAAUCCACGUCAUCGGCCCAUAUACACGAAAUUUCUUGGUGUCGUGGUUGACACUUCUCGACACCAUACCUGAUCUUGAGCUGGUCACAUUCCUGCCUGAGUUCUUGGAAGGCCUGAUCAAAUUUCUGGGAGGCCCUCACAAGGAAGUCAAUGUUGCCACUCAAGGCCUCUUGGAGAGAUUUUUGGGGGAGAUCAAAAGAAUCACGCGAGUGAAGAAGGGCCUUGAAAAGAGCCAAAAAAGCCAGGAGAGCCGUAGGCGUUCUGUGACGAGCGACACUGUGAGCUCCAAAACGCGGCAGUCGGUUGACAGCAAUGGAGCUGAUGAGGCGGAGAAAGACGACGUUGCCGUGGACGAUUCCGCUGCAUCAGAUUCCUUAUUUGAUGAAGAGACGAUGCAAGCCGACGGCGAUUGGAUUCCUGGGCAAGACGUGCAAAUAGAUUUCCCGAAAAUUCUGGAUAUUCUCGUCACCUUCGUGGACACCUCAUAUGAGGAGGAAAUGCAACUGACAGCGCUUCGCUGGAUCGAUGCAUUUUUCGAGAUCAGUCCCGAAGACAUUCUCCCAUUUGUCCCUCGGUUAUUGACCCAAGUACUUCCGGCAAUGUCAAGUGGUGCAGAUUCUGUGCGGCAAGCAGCAAAUCGCCUGAACAAGUCCUUGCUCGAAUACAUAUAUUCUUUAUCAGACGACGAUAUCGAAGAACCCGCUCUUAACCCAUCAAAGAUUCCUUCCUUCACCAACAGUCGCGACAGCAUUGACAGGAAGAUGUCAGACAUCUCCGCGUUUGACCCUAGAAAGGCGGGGCAGGAGUCUUCAAGGGCUCCAACACCUCGCGACAGUAUUAUUUCAGCGCCGCCUCAGCCGGUAGACCUCGACUAUGCAGCUGCAGUCAACUCCCUUACGCUUCAAUUUUUGAACGAGCAUGAAGCCACUCGGGUAGCUGCGUUAACUUGGCUGAUUAUGCUACACCGGAAGGCCCCGCGUAAGGUCGUCGCAUUCAACGAUGGGACGUUUCCCGCAUUGUUGAAAACAUUAUCCGAUCCAGCAGAAGCUGUUGUGACAAAAGAUCUGCAAUUGUUGUCUCAGAUAUCGCGGAAUAGCGAGGACAGCUAUUUCACAUCCUUCAUGGUCAACCUGUUACAAUUGUUCUCGACCGAUCGACAUCUGCUGGAAGUUCGCGGUAAUUUGAUCAUUCGUCAAUUGUGUUUGAAUCUGAGUCCAGAACGAAUCUAUAGGACUCUGGCCGACUGCCUGGAGAAGGAAGAGGACCUCGAAUUUGCUAGCAUCAUGGUCCAAAAUCUGAACAACAACCUUAUCACCGCGCCUGAACUAUCUGACAUGCGAAAGCGAUUGAGGAACCUUGACACAAGGGAUGGACAAAUGUUUUUUGUCGCCCUGUUUCGGUCCUGGUGUCACAACGCCGUGUCGACGUUUUCUUUAUGUCUCCUUGCGCAGGCUUAUGAGCAGGCUUAUAACCUCUUGCAAAUCUUUGCUGAACUUGAAAUGACCGUCAAUAUGCUCAUCCAGAUUGACAAGCUGGUGCAGCUCCUUGAAUCACCCGUGUUCACAUACCUCCGUCUUCAACUGCUCGAACCCGAAAAAUACCCCUACCUGUACAAAUGCCUCUACGGUGUCCUCAUGCUCCUGCCCCAGAGCUCCGCCUUUGCCGCCCUCAAGAACCGAUUAAACAGCGUCAGCAAUAUCGGUUUUCUCCAUGGUGGUCCACGCAGCACAUCUCAAACCACGCCGUCCUUUGACCGCUCUUCCGGAACCCGGCUCAAAAGUCGGGAUGAUAUUCGCUGGACCGAACUCCUCGACAAAUUCAAGGCUGUUCAAGAACGAGCACGACGUGCACAGGCUGCCCAACGACACUCAAUGGACCCUACUGACUCAUUGCAGAAUCCUUCGCUCAGUGCCGCGCUAUCUGCGGCAACUGCUGAACGGACACGAGACCGACCUGGCAUGCCCGAUACCUCUCGUGCAGGAUUACUCGGUUCUAUUGGCACUGGUAUGGGCUCCAUGACUGGAACCUCCGGUACAGUGGGAAGUAUUGCUCGUGGGGUAGCCGAACCCAAGCCAUCAGGCUCCUCAUCGCUUCUCAGUUCUGCCCACAAACACAAGUCGAGCCUGCCUAACCUGGGCCGUCUAGGCAUCGGCGGCCGUAAGUCGAAGAGGUAA